AUUCAGUUGUCAAUGUCAAAUGAAAAUAUAUUAAGUUUUGGCAACACUGGACCAAUUCUUUCAUUUCCAAAAACUAAACAACGUUCGGAAUGGCUGACGCGCCAUCAACAGCACCUAAGGCGAAAGCGCCUAAGACAAAGGCUCCUAAGGAAAAGGCGGCGAAGGCUGCACCGGCAGCACCUGCCGAGCCCCCGAAGGUGGUACGCAAAGUAUCAUCCAAACCUCGUCACGGCAGACUGUACGCGAAGGCUGUGUUCACAGGUUACAAGCGAGGUCUACGUAACCAACACGAAAACACUGCUCUUCUCAAGGUUGAAGGUGCACGAGACCGCACCGAUGCGAUAUUCUACGCUGGCAAGCAAUGCGUAUUUGUAUACAGAGCUAAGAAGAGGACACCCAUCGCUGGUGGCCCCAAGGGUAAGAAGACUAAGCUACGCGCAAUCUGGGGCAAGGUGACGCGCCCACAUGGAAACUCCGGCAGUGUCCGUGCUCGCUUCAAGUCCAACUUGCCUGCACACGCCAUGGGGCACAGGAUACGAGUGAUGCUGUAUCCAUCCAGGAUCUAAGAACCUGACCAGUAAUAUAAGUCUAAAUAAAAACCCAAAAAAAUUCAA